CUGAUGUGCUCUAUAUAUAACUUCUUGGGCCUGGCCAUUGUAUUGGUUCAGAGGAGACACACGCUUUUCACUUUGUGAUUUAAAGGAACUGAAGAGGUUGAAGCUGCUUUUUAAGAUUUUCCUACUAUUUUCAAAAUGAACAAACAAAAGAUUGUAAGACCAGAAGAAAGCCAGCCAGCCCAUGCACUGUGGUUCGACAGAAAGAAAUAUGUUACAAUCAACUUUGUUGUUCAAAAACCUAAAGAUGUCCAAGUAGACAUCCAGCCAGAGAAAAUGAUUUUAUGCUGCAAAAAUGACACAGAUGAUGUAAUCUACAAUGAGCUGCACUUUUACGACAAAGUCCAAAUCAAUGACUCCAGAGAGACAGUGCGUGAACGGACCAUAAAUGUCUUGCUAAGAAAGAUGAAACCUGAUGUUGCAUGGCCUCGUCUCCAGAAGGACCCAGCAAAGGCCAGCUGGAUUAAUGUAGACUUUGACAAUUGGAGAGACUGGGAGCAUGAGGAAGAUGAGGGAAAGGCAGAGUAUGACCAGUAUAUAGAUAUGAUUCAAGAAAUGGCCAGCGGAAACAAAGGAGCAGCACCAGAUAUGGGAGACCUCAGUGAUUCAGACUAAAACGGAUGGCUCUACAUUUGUUGGAGACAUUUUUUUCUGUACAGUCCUUGAUUUAUAUACACUAUGCUCAUUCUUGUGAAAAUUAUUGAUUUUUUUAACAAAUACAUUUUCUAUGUCUUUUGUUUUAAAUUAUGUUGAAUUAUGAUUUACUUUUGGAAUUGUCAGUGUUGUUUAGAAAAUAUUAACUUUUCAAAGAUUAGUAAAAUUUAUUUGUAUGUUAAAAACAGGGAGGAGAUGAAAUGGAGAAACAAGUUAGCCCCUUUGUUAAGUCCAGCUGGUAGCAGCAUUAUUUGAAGACAAAAAAAAAUUAGUUUUCAA